AUGGAUAAAAGGGAGCAACAAAUUGUGGCGUGGCUGAUGGAAGAAGGUACGGAGGAAAUAAAGGACCCAGAUAGUAGGAUUGACAAAGCAGAGAGUGACGGAUAUAGUGAUCACAGUGAACAUUGCACCGACACGGAACAGUCAUCAUGCGAAGAUGAAGGUGAGAUUUAUUCAAGUCAAUCCGAGUACGGUCUAUAUUACUUAGGCAAGGAUAAAAUUACCAAUGGAAAUUAUCGUCCACAACGUACCAAUAUAAGAACAAGGUCACAUAACAUAGUUGACAGUAGACCAGGGGUAAAACCAGUAGCCAAAGGCACAAAUAAUUUAGACAUUAAAAAAUCAUGGACCGUUAUGCAAGAGACAGAGACUGUAAAGAGACGGAUAUCAUAG